AUGGCCGGACGCGGAGGAGGCAGCAAGAGCAGCAGCCUGUACGCGGUGCUGGGCGUGGCCAGCGACUGCUCCGACGCCGAGCUGCGCAGCGCCUACCGCAAGCUCGCCAUGGUUGGUGACCUCGGCCCUGACUCUGUUAUUGCUCUUUGCCUCCUUGGCGUCUCUUCUUCCCCUAAAUGGCACCCGGACAAGUGCGCCGGCGCAGGGAGCUCCGCCGGCAGCGCGGACGCGGCCAAGGCCAGGUUUCAGAAGAUCCAGGGAGCGUACGCCGUUCUGUCCGACCCCAACAAGCGGAUCCUGUAUGACGUCGAGGCCUACGACGGCGAAGGCGACGAUGACGGCGCCGGGGAGAUCCUCGGAGAUAUUCUGGAGGCCAUGAGCCAGGCAGGCCCCGCCGACAACGGCAAGAGGGAGAGCCUGGAGGACCUGCAGCGGCAGUUCGAGGAGCUGUUCCUGAGGCCGUCGCCGUCCUCCUUCUCGCCGAACGAUGCAGCUGGGAAGUCGGCGUCCACGAGGAGGCCUGCCGGGAGGAAGUAG